AUGACUCGUCACAUUGCAGUUUUGCACUGUGACAAGCCUAUUGAUAUAAUUUAUGACAAGCAUGGGGAUUUAGGUGAUUUGUGUUGUAAACUUUUAGAUGAUACUGGUACCAUCAAGUUUCCAAAUGUCAAAUAUGACGUUUUCAUACCAGGGGAAUCCGUGGAAAUAGAAACGGAGUUAUCCAAAAUAUAUGUAGAUUUGUUAACUAAAAUCGAAAGUAAAGAGAUUGUGGGGAUUUUCUUAAGUGGUUCAAGAGAGGACUCAUUCGCCGAAGAUUUGUGGAUUAAAAAGCUUGAUGAUUUCUUAAAGAAGGUCUUCCAAUUAGAAGAUUUCCCUAUCAGUGGAGUAUGCUUUGGUCAUCAAAUCAUUUGUAAAAAUUUAGGUUUCAAAGUUGGUAGAAACCCUGAAGGUUGGGAAAUCGGUACUACUACCAUCAAUUUAAAUACUGAAAUCUUUAGUAUUGGUAAAUUACAAUGGAUUAAAUUUUUAAAAGAUGAAUUAAAAGUUGAAAAUCAUUUGACUGAACAUUUAAAUUUAGCAGAAAUUCAUGCUGAUGUUGUUUUUGGAUUAAAUUCAUCGUCAUCAAGUAUUUCUAAUGCUACUUCAAGUAAAUUCAUAUCCAUCGGAUCAACUUCAAAAUGUUCAAUUCAGGGUAUUAUUACUGAAUCAGGACCUAUCAAAGUAUUGACUUUCCAGGGACAUCCUGAAUUUAGUAAAGAGGUUACUUUAGAUAUGCUUAAUAAUGUUAAGAACUUAGGAUUCUUAGAUGCCAAUGCAUUCGAAAAAUCAUGUUAUAAUACCAAUAUUUUAAAUAAUCAAGGUCCAACUAUUGGUAAAUUCAUAGCGGAAUUUUUCAAUACCUUGGGUUAA